AUUUAUAAAAAAUACUCGAGUCCAACGUAAUCAGAGAUUAGUGGGGGCGCUCAAUGCAAAUGAACUUGAUGAAGGUACAAGGGCACUAGUUCGGAUAGCUCAACAGCAGGACUUUGCAUGCGAGAUUAGGAAUUUAAGAGGAAAUAAACAUAUUCCGAACCAAAGUCGAAUUCUUAAGCUGCAACCGUUUUUAGAUAAGGAAAACAUACUCCGAGUAGGGGGUAGACUAUGUAAUGCGCCAGUGCCAUAUGAACAACGACAUCCCAUUAUAUUGUCACAUUUGAAUCCACUUGCGUUGCUAAUUAUGCGACACCGUCAUUUUCGUAUGUUACAUGCUGGACCCCAAUUACUUUUAGCUGCAUUGCGAACUCAAUAUUGGAUAACUUCAGGGAAGGCAUUAGCCAAACGAACAAUAAUGUCUUGUAGUAAAUGCUUCAGAGCAAACCCUAAGUCAGCUAGAUAUAUUAUGGGCGAUCUUCCAAUUAAUAGAGUUACACCAAACCGAGCAUUUUAUGUUACCAAAGCGGUACAUUUAGAGCUUGCGACUGAUAUGAGUACAGAUGCAUUUCUAAAUUGUCUUCGUAAGUUUAUCGCCAGACGUGGCAAAUGUAAACAUAUUUACUGCGAUAACGGUACGAAUUUUGUCGGAGCUAAAACUGAAUUGUCUGAACUGUACGAUAAACUGUCUAAAAUUGAAUUUCAAGAAAAUGUAACCAAUUUUUUAGGAGAGGACCGGAUUCUUUGGCAUUUUAAUCCUCCAUCAGCUCCAAACUUUGGAGGUUUAUGGGAAAGUGUGGUUAAAUCUGCAAAGCGACAUCUUAAUAGAAUAUUAUUUAAUACCUCUCUAACUUAUGAAGAAUUGUACACGGUGUUGACACAAGUAGAAUCUUGUUUGAACUCACGACCGUUAUCCCCCUUGUCAGAAGAUCCUUAUGAUCUUAUUCCAUUAACUCCAGCACAUUUUUUGAUUGGAGAUACCAUGGCUGCAUUACCGCAAGAAGAUCUCACCAACGUCAACACGAAUCGAUUGGAUCGGUAUCAACAUUUGCAGCAAUUGGUCCAACACUUUUGGAACCGUUGGCGCACGGAGUAUUUACAUCAACUUCAAACCAGAAAUAAAUGGAAUGAUGCAUCAGGCGAAUGUUUUAAACCAGGUACCUUGGUAAUAAUUCGUGAGGACCACUCUCCACCAUGCAGGUGGCCGAUGGCACGAAUUACGGACAUACAUCCUGGGAAAGAUGGCGUAACAAGGGUCGUUACGUUAAAAUGUUCCGGUAAUCGCUUCUUGAAGCGACCUGUUACCAAACUCUGCAUAUUACCCUGGCAAGAAGAGAAAUCAACCCCGGAGAAAGAAGUCCACGAAGAAUAG